AUGGAUAGUAUCUCUCCCAAACUGGAGGAAAGUCAUGGCACUGUUGCAGGAAACCGCUCAGAUGACGAGGCAAGGCAAGAUCCUGACAGGCACUUGGAUAUCAAGAAUAUAUGCCGGCACACCGCUCUACUAGGUAGAUACCAAACCGUCGGUAUCGACUGUGCCAACAUGACUUUCGCAAUCAACAGCCUCCUCAUUGAAAGCGCACCGCGGAAGUAUGCCACAAUCGCACCCAUCAGCGAAAUUCGAGGCUGGUUUUCAAACGUCACUAAACAUUCAUUGCUAGUGCGAGUUGGAGUGAUGGCCAUGAUAUUUUCUAUUGGUGUUAAAACAAUAGCAGUAGGAAGAAUAAUUGAUUGGAAAUACCCCGACGAUGUUACUCCUUCGAACAUGAUUACCUUCGAAGCAGCCCAUAUAUCCCCGCCUCCUGUUCCCCUGGUAGUGUCACGAAAUACGACCUUUGAGCCUCUCAAUGGAUUUCGUGGUGAGCGCAUUGAAUACGGCCGCACCGACUGCCAAGCCCACGAUAGAAAAAACAAUGGACGACAUGGAAGCAAGCUGGACACUACUACACAGCCACCAAACCAAGCUGUUCUGGACUUGAGAGAGACUACCGACCUAAUCACCAGGAUGUUGGAGGAUAUUGUGCGCGAGAAGCUGAGUGGUGCUGAGAGCCUAGGAACCUGUGAAGUUCUGAUCAAGAAGUGGAGGAUGAUUCUUACCCCUGCCAGUCUUCGCACAGAGUUAAGAGCACGACAAAUCAGAAAGAGCAUUGCAAAGGCAAAAGAACGCCGUGACAACCCCAAGAAAGAAUUCUGGCUCAAGAAGGUCAUAGUAAACUUCUGGCUUCCGUUGAGUAGCAAAAUCCCCUUUGUGAACUCCAUCAAGGAAAAGCAUCGCGAGAGACGAGCUGCCAGAGGCCCAUUCCAGCCAACCCCGAUGCCGCUUGAACAUGGCUUCGCUUACGCAUAUGCGACCCAAAAUGCCCCUGACCAAGACCCUGAUACCGACAGGUACAGCGAGGAAAGUGGAAGAGACAGUUUGGUUUCAGAUACGUCGUCUGUGAGGGAAGACAUGUUCCACCUGGACGGGUUUGAUAUUGUGGGCAACUGGAGAGAAUUCGAGAGACGAAUGGGUGCUAGUUAUAAUUAA